CGCGAGUAUCCUGCGGAGACAGUCAAAAUGACAGAAACACACGUUGAUCUUCUGUUGACCAGGCUGUGUGGGCAGGAUCGAAUGCUCCAGGCACUACUCAAUGAAGCAACUCAGCUCCAAGCAGAGAAGGAGAAACUGGAAGGUGUUUGGGAGGAGAUGCAUUGCCAGAUGGUGGACUUUGAGAGACAGCCAGAUAUUGUGCAGGAGUUAACAUCGCAGCAGAAGCUUCUUCAGGAAGAUCUGAUCCAGAUCCGAGCCAGACUCUGUGACCUAUCCACGGCGAUGGAACAAUGUUGGAGUCAGUACAAGCUGCUGGAGACUGAGCUGCAGACACUGUGGGCCAAUACAAGGCAGGGCAGCACAGGUGCAUGCCAACAGGAACAAGGAGAGGCACAGCGGGACCUCUGGAUGAUCGAUGAUGUCUUUUCAGGACUCAGCAGCAACAGGAAGAGAUUCCAAGCUGCAAUCGAGUCAAACCCACAGUCAGUGAUGUUACUGACAGCUCCCGCUGCCUGGGAUCUGUCGCCUGAGCUGCUCCGAGUGUCUCCACAAACCGCGGCUCUGUUACCCCCACUGCCAGCUCCAAUGUGUAGGCAGUCGCCUCCCCACGGCCAGGCAGUGGCUGAUGUCCCUCAGAGGCCCCCGUUGCCCCGAGAGGUGGAUUAUGCUCUGUGUAACAAUUCUGAAUACAGUGAGCCUGCUGCAGGACAUCACCCAUCCCAGAGGGAACAGAAACAGAAACACAGAGAGACUAAUACGGACAUUCAACAUGAUCCAGCCUCAAAUGGAAGCUACAAGGGACAACGUACACGAACUGUUGGCCCAAAUAGGAAAGGGAAGAUGAGUGCAGAGGAGCAGAUGGAGAGAAUGAAGAGACACCAGGAAGCACAUCUUCAGGAGAGGCGCAGUACUGGCGCUCUGUCCCAACAGCGUGUGGCUGUGUCCCCUGUAAUGAGAGGAACCUCUCCAAGGACAUCGAAGCUGAACUCCGUGAGCCUCCUGGCCAAUAGACCAGUGACUGCUGAUGUGGUGCCCUCUCGAACCAGACCUGGAUACACACCAAAUAGUCUCAUCAAACCAACAACUGCAUCAGAGACACCUGAAACUACAAAUGUGACCACAUCAAGUAAAUUGAUAACGACAUUGUCAUCACCAAGAGCGACAGCUGAAAGCCAGGCCCAAAAAAACAAUCGCAUUGUCAGAAAAGAGUGUAAGCCCAGUACAGUGGUCAUCACCUCCCGAUAUAUUGAUGUGAAUCCUGAGACUCCCCUUAGCCCAGAGCAACUGCAGGAGAAGGAAAGAACAUCACAGAAAAUCAAGACCAUGAUUGCAAACACCAGCUAAAGCUUUAGCUGAGUUCCAUGAAAAAGAGGAGGAGUCAGACAGUCCCCAGGACCCAGGACAGUCUGAGAAAACCAAGUGUCAAUCAAAGCGGCAACAACAUGGGCGCACUUUUAAUUUAGAACAUCACACAGAGGCAGCCAGUCAACACUCAGGAUAUUAUGAAGAUUCAGUCAACCUCCGUUCAGGCCAAAAUAAUCAAGGAGAAAGUACCAAUCAGAAAUCGUGAUGUGGAAGUGCCAGUAUUGACUGGGCUGGACAAGGUCAGAAAUCACACAACACCAAGUUAUUAUAGUCCAACAGGUUCAUUUGAAAUCAUAAGCUUUUGGAGCGCUGCUGCUUCAUCGGGUGAAGUGUGAUGAAGGAGCACCACUCUGAGAGUUUCUGGUUUCAAAUUAACCUGUUGGACAGUAACCUGGUGCCGUGUGACUUCUGACCCAAUCAGUAGUCAACAAGGGCCAAGUGUCUGCAGUGGCCUCCAUAAUCCAGGGUUAACAGUGCAGCACAAAGAUCCCAAACUGGGAGAAUGGAAAUGCACCAGUCACCUGGAUCACCAUAUGGAGCAGAUGGGGCCAGCCCGGGUUGUACAACCCUAACUCUCAAUGACAUUCAAUUCACUGCUGUUGAAGAUUACAUGAGUUUGAGCCUGAGCAAAAAGUAGCUGAUUGAGGAGAGUUAAUAAACUGUGUCUCAGAGUGAACGCACCAGGAGAACCACACUUCAUUCAUGUUCACUCUCUGCUGCUGAACUGACAUUAACAAAGUAAUUGGAUCACCAGACUGGAGCCUCUAUUUGCGAUUUGGGGUCAUGGUGUGUUACCCAACUGCCUUCAAUAACUUGACCGAAUGGGAGGACACAGUCAGCUGUGAUUCAAAAUAAUCUACUUCACUCACUCAUUGUUGCUGUUGGUUUAAUAUCAGUGAAGCUGAAGGAAGACCAAAUCAUCCCAUUGGAUCCUGAGAGUCUCUAUUCACGAUCAUUAACAAUCACUUUCUAAUCUUAGGCAUUGUUGACAGAUCCAGCACCAACCAACCUGAUCAAAGGGAAGGUUCUGGCAACGAGGCCUCUGUUUGGUGCUGGUGUUCAUGAGAUGGGAGGGAGUGAGGAGUUUUUAAUACUCUGUCAAUUCAUGAUGUUAGUUUCUGGUUCCAAAAAAAUCCUUUUUUAAAUGUUGACUGGGUGAGUUCAUCUGGUCCUUAUUGUCACAUCCCGAGCUCCCUGGCAAGCAAUGGCUUACUACAGGGGACAGGUUCAAUGCUGCACUGACCCCUUGCUCUGGUCACCCAUUGACAUUUCACCUCUGCCCAGUCUGUGUGUUGAGGCUCCCCUUAGCUAAUAGCAGCUGGGGGUCAGGUUUUGCCUCGUCACAACUCUCCCUCCAACUACCCCAUCCUGUCCCUUCCCCAACCACCCCCAAUGGACCCUGAACACUCUGUGCUGAACUGCCCAGAUUCGGCUCAAAUUAAUUUGCUAAACUUCAUAAGUUGCCUAAAGUGGAAUUUGAGAUAUUCAGGAGAUAAUUCACUGGAGACUAACCGGAAGCAAGGAAUGAACUGAUUUAAAGCCUGACUGAAUAUUUCAAGAGCAUGAUCUUCGUCAGAACUGGAAGAAAUGAAAUUGAAAAGUUAUUAAGUAAAUAUGUGGACAAGACAGAGGGAAGACAGAGGAAACUCAGUCAUUAGAAAUGUUUAAAAUUGGUAAGGAUGGGCUAAUGGAUACACAGCGGAUAUUGAAGGAAGUGGGAGUGGAAUUGCAGUCACUGGUCAUGAUCUUUCACUGUUCUCUGACUUGGGCGCGGUGUCGGAGAAUUGGAGAAUUACAAAUGUUGCGGCCCUGUUCUAAAAGGUUGUAAGGAUAAUGGUAGCAAUUCCAAACCAGUCAGUUUAACUCCAGUGAUGACAACCUGGUAGGAACAAUUACUCAGGCUACAAUUAAUAAGCGGAAGGAAAAAUGUGAGUUAUUUCAGAAAAGCCAGCAUGGUUUUGUUAAGUGAAAAUGGGGUCCAACUGAUUUAUUGGAAUUAUUUGAAGAGAUAACAGAGAAGCUUGGUGAAGACAAUGCUAUUGAUGUGUAGAUAGAAUUCAAAAUAUGUAUGAUGCAGUGGCACACAACAGCUUGAGAGGAAGUUGGUAGGCUAUGGUAUCAAAGGGCCAGUAAUCAUGUGGAAACAAACUCGCUGAGUGACAGGAAAUAGAGAUCAAUGGUGAAUGGGUAUUUUUCAGGCUAGAGGAAGUUUUGUAGUACUGAGACUCUUACUUUUCUCAAUGUAUAUGAAUGAUUAAUAUAUUACAAAUAUAUAAAUGUGCAAGGGACAAUUUCAAAGUGUGUGGAUGACACAAAACUUGGGAGACUUGUAAACUGAACGAUGGACAGUGUAACACUUCAUGAGGACAUUAAUAAGUUGGUGGAGUGGGCAGGCAGUUGGCAGAUGAAGUUCAAUGUGGAGAAGUGUGAGCUGAUGCACUGGUACAAAGAGUAUGGAGAGACAGUAGAAAAAAAGGGUACAGUUCUUCAGGGUGUUCAGGAGCAGAGAGAUCUGGGUGUAUAGCUACAUAAAGUGGACAGGACAGGUUUAGAGAGCUGUUAAUAAAGCAUACUGUACUGUAGGUUUCAUUAGGUAGAGCACAGAGUGCAAGGGCAGACAAGUUAUGAUGAAUUUUAUAGGAUAUUGGUUAGACCCACGCUGAAGCACUGUGUAUUGUUCUCAGCAGCACAGCUUUUAGGAAAGAUGUGAAUGCAUUGGAGAGACUAAAAUAUAUUGAUGAGAAUACUUGAGAAGGAUGAGAAACUUCAGUCAAAGGAAAGAUUGGAGAGGAGAUUUGAUAGAAGAUUUUAAAAAAUGGAGUCUGAAUUGAAAAUAGAUGGGAGAAACUGUUCCCUAAUGUAAAAUUUAAAGUGUUUUGCAAAAGAACAAAUGUGAGGUGAAUGGUUCAAGUCUGGAAGAGUAGUGGAGGCAGGUUCAAUGGAGGUAUUCAGGAUGGAAUGGAUGAUGAUUGAAAUGGGGCUGUGUGCAGAGGUACAGAGAAAAGACUAAAGGACAAAGUGAUGAGGGUGCAUGGAACAGGGAGAUGAUAAUGGGACAAUGCAUAGGAGAGUUGUAUAACGAAGGUGUGAAUUAUGAAGGAGAAUCAUUAUGUAUAGCUUCUGUCCAGGAACACUGAAGUAGUCUUUAUCAUCCAGAAGUGAAACUCAGGAAUGCAUCUGGAAAGCUGCAAAGUUACAAACUGAGAGAUGAGCAACAUUCCCGCGAAGAACAGUGUGGAAGGAAGUGAAUCAGGAAGUUGAUGGCAGGUGCUGAAGGUAGAGAUUCCAAAUGGAGUUGAACUGAAUCAGCAAAUUUUUGAAAAGUGUAUUUUCUUGGGGCAUGAUCCUUGCUGAUGAUGCCAGCUUUGAUUCCCUAAUUUCUCUUUAGAUAGUCCUUCCCCACCCCAUCUGCCUUCUGUAGGGCUUGCUGUCCCCCUGACUCCCUCAUCCACACUCCCCACCAACCCCAUCACAUCCGGCACCUUUCCCUGCAACAGCAGGAGUUGCUACACCUUUCCUGACACCUCCCCCUCACUUCGCCCCAAGGCCCAAGACAAACUUGCCAAAUCUAACAGGGGGUCACCUGUACAUCCUCCAAACUGGUCGACUGUAUCCAUUGUUCCUGACGUGCCCUCCUGUAUAUCAGUGAGAGCAAGCGCAGACUCGGUGACCGAUUCCUGGUGUAUCUGCGCUAUAAUCAACACCAGCUUCUGACUGCCAACCAUUUUAACUUCUCCUCCCACUCCCUUGGUGACACGUUCAUCCUGGGCCUCCUCCAGUGUCACAAUUAUGCUACAAGCAAACUCAAAGAACAACACCUCAUAUUCCACCUCAGAAGUCUAAAGCCCAAUGGCCUGAACAUAGAAUUCACCAGUUUCAAAAUCUCUCCAACCCCAGCCUCAUCCCAGUCCAACCCUCCCUCACAUCUCCACCUCCUUGGCCUGACACAGCCUGUCCAUCUUCUCUCCCACCUAUCCGCCCUUCCCUUCCCACCGACCGAUCUCCACUACCCCCUACAUACAACAGCUAUCACCUUCCCAGCUCCCUCCCCUCUCCCCGACCUGAAACAUUGACUUUCCUGCUCCUCUGAUGCUGUGUUCCUCCAGCUCCACGCUGUGUUGACUUGAUGAUGAAGGAUAUCGUUCCAGACAAGAGGCACAGUGCACAUGGUUCGUUUCACCUUCAUAGUGACAGAGGCUGGGUGUGCAGGGGCCAAUCAGAGGAGCCAGGAUGGUCAAGGGAGAGUACAGUUUGUACCUUGGGAUAAUGGAGUGAUGAUCUGUGGAAAACCUUUUCUGCUUUAGAUCACUGGGGUUAGUGUAGGUUUGGACAUUAACAGAUUAGACAUCUAGGUAAUGAGAUCCAAGGUGAUAGGGAGAACUAAAAUAACUACGGAUGCUGUAAAUCAGGAACAAAAACAAAGUUGCUGGAAAAGCUCAGCAGGUCUGGCAGCAUCUGUGAAGGAGAAAACAGAGUUAACAUUUCAGGUCCGGUGACUCUUCCUGAGAACUGAGAGGGUGUAAGUGACAGGGAGAGGGGGGUAAGUGACAGGGAGAGAGGGGUUUACUGAGCGGGAGUGUGGUGAAGGUGUGAUUGGGAGGUAAAGGUGAUUAAUGGGGUGAGAGCAGAUUGAGAGGGAGUGCUAACUGGCAAGGAGUAGAAAGUGAGUGACGGAGAACGGGGAACUGGCCUUUGGGGGUGGGGGACAGGAGGUGAUGUAUGAAUUGGAAGAGUCAGAAUCACAGAAUCUAGUAGGAAGGAGUGACUGUGAUAUUUGGUUUCUAGGGAGAAGGAUGGCAGUGGAUAACAUGAGGGCUCGAAGCAGGUGGGAGUGAAGGCUCUGCAGAGAAACUGUCUAAUAAAUUCCUCAGGUGCUUUUAAAAAUUACUUGGUUUCAUUUAAAUGGAACAGCCACCACUCUAUUGGGUCAGAGGUGAAUGUUAAGGUUUGUGUUCGAUGUUAUAGUGGAAAGAAACACCUCGAUCACAUCACAAACAGUAAACAGCCUGCCUGCCAGUGGUGACCCUGGGCACCUCACACUGCACAGCAUGGAGGAAGGAGUAAGGCCACUCUGUUCCACUGGUCAGGCCCAAUCACACAACCCAAUGUACAGCUUCCUCUUUUCCUGUUGGGGCACAUCAAGUGGAGAAGCCCCACUGACAGUGAAAGGAAGGUGGGAUGGACUUCACCUUCUGUGCAGGACGGGUAACCCUGGGUUCUGUGAUGGGUUGUUCAUCCAGGCUCAUCCCUUACUUUCUGUCAUCUUGAGAACAGAUUGAUGGAAAACCUGGUGCGAUGGGAAUGCAGUCAUGUGAUUGGAAUGCUCAUAAUAGUUUGUUAGAAAGGGUCCAGUCUUGGCCAUUACUGACUAUCUGCUUCAUGCUUUCUGUGUUUGGUCUCAUGGAAAUUAGAACCAUUUAGAGUACAGUGAAGCCCUUAUAAUAAAGAAAUCAUCAAACUAUUCAACAGCACUGACCCAACCCAAACUCUUUCAGCAUUACUUAUUUGAACUGUUACUUUUACUGAGUCUAAGAGUUUAUUAAACUUUU